AUGUCUCUAAAUCCUUCAAUUCAUGCUGACUAUCACUGUCAAACUCAACAAAGAUAUUUUGCCAGUCCAUUAAUAAGCAAAAGUAUGAGCGAUCUGAAUGAAGAAAAGAAAGAAGAAGAAGCACAUCGACAUCAAAUUAAUGAAAGAUACGGAGAAAUGGAAAAAUUAAAAGUUUUACUCAAAGAAGAGGAAGACACGUGGACUUCAAAACUGCAAAGUUGGAAAUCUAGAAGACGGAGCGUAACAGAGGAUGCAAGAAAAAGAAAAGAAGAAAGAGAUUCUAUUGAGAAAGAACUGGAACACAAAGCUGCCAAAAAGAAGACGAAGACUUAUAAAGAAAUUGUUGAAGACAAAAUGAAAAGAGAUAAAGAGCUUGCUCAAUUAAACGACCACGACGAAUAUGAGUUCGUAAGUCCUAGAUCAUCUACUGUUACGAGUCCGACCAACUCUAGCAGUUAUACGUUCGAAGGGUUAGUAAGAGAUGUACAAAUCAGGGAAAAGGAGAAUAAAACCGCAGCAACUAAGCCAUCAAAUGUUUAUUCAUCAAGGGAAGAAGCGCCAAAAACAAACGGCUCUCAAGUACAAUACAAAUACACGACCAAAGUGACUGCUGUCAUAAAUAACACCCAAGCAGAAAACAAACACGCUUCUUACGAAGCACAGCCUCAAAUGAGAAGCACUAUAACUUACGAGAGAGUUCCAAACAAAAGCCAAGACAAUAGCGAUGUCAGGAGUACAAGUUGUCUUUCCUUCAUCGAAAUCCCAAACACUGCCUCGCGGCGGUAUCUACAACUCCUACGAUCCAAGCGAUAG